AGUCUUGGAGUCUGGUGUGACUGCCUGACCUUGUUGAGAUUGGAGCUUCUGAGAGCAGUGUCCAAAGCAGCUAUGAUGAGUUUCAAGGACAUACCAACACUCCAGCAGCUGGCAAGAAGAAGCCUGCUGAAAAAUGAAGCCUUGACCAUCUCUGGUAUGCAGGACCUGCCCAUACAUCUCUUCCCACCACUCUUCAAGGAUGCAUUUACCAGCAAAAAAACUAACAUCCUGAGGCAGAUGGUAGCAUCAUGGCCCUUCCAAUGCCUUCCUGUGGGAGCCCUGAUGGAGACUCCUCACCUGGAGACCCUGAAAGCUGUGCUAGAUGGUCUUGAUUUGCUGAUGGCACUAAAGGAUCGACCUAUGAGGUGGAAACUACAAGUGGUCGAUUUGGGAGAUGCACUCCACAACUUCUGGAAUGGUCAGCCUGGAUUGCAGCAUGUAGUCUGGUCUCCACAUGACUUUGGCAAGAACCAACCGGUGGAAAAUCAUCCCAUCCUAGGGGGGAAACAGACCGUAACUAUAUUGAUGAACCUUUCCCUCAUGUCCUGCCGUCCCUCCAAAUACCUAAAAUAUUUUUAUCGGUGGGCCAAGCAGAGAAAAAAUACUAUACAGGUGAUCUGUCAGAAGUUGGAGUUUAGGGCCAUUCCUGCCUAUGACCCACUGGUUGUGUUGAAGGUUUUUGAUCCAGGCUCAAUCCAGGAAUUAGAAAUAACCACAUACUGGGACAUAUAUACCCUUGCAUUGCUAGCCCCUGGCCUGGGCCAGAUGAAAAACCUCCAGAAACUCCUUUUCAUGGAAAUCAACAUACCUUUGGAUAGGCCUCGGGACCGAGAGAAGGAAGCCUCGUGUUUUAGAGAAAUCUUUCGCCAGUUCUCCAAAUUGCAGAAGCUCCAGCAUCUCUAUUUGAAUAAUGUCUACUACCUGUAUGAACAUCUGGACCAAGCGCUCAGGUACUUGGAGAGUCCAUUAGAGACCCUUGCUAUCACUCAUUGCAUGCUGUCAGAAUCAGAUAUGAAAUAUCUGUCCCAGUGUCCAAGUAUCCAUCAGCUCAAACACCUGGACCUGAGUGGUGUCACCUUCAUACAUUUAAGUGAGCAAUUUCUAGGAAUACUGCUAGAAAGACUGAAAGCUACUUUGCAGAUACUCAAAUUGAAGGGCUAUAUAUUCAUGGACUCAAAAAUCAGUACCCUCCUGCCUGCGCUGAGCCAGUGUUCCCAGCUCACUGAAGUCAAUUUUGUGAAGAAUUUCUUCUCCAUGGACAGCUUGAAGAAGCUGUUGCAGCAUACUGCCAACCUCACACAGCUGACCCUGGAGAAGUACCCUGCCCCUGAUGAGGUCUAUGAUGACCUUGGUGAUGUUAUUCCAGACAGAUUUGUACAGCUUUGUUCAGAGCUUAUAGACACACUCAAGGGUAUAAGGCAGCCAAAGCAGGUCUACUUUGUGAGUAAGAGAUGUUUACAUUGUCAGAAAUUCUGCAUCUACAGUUUUGUUGAGAAUAUAUAAGGUGAGGUCAUUGCUAGACUCUGAUAAAUGGAAGGCAGGUCUCAAGUGAAUCAUUAGAGGCAUAGACCAUGUGUAUUCAAGCAUUUUUGGAUGUACUUUAGAAAGAUAAUUAUUUCAUUUUCUUUGAAUUUUAGUCAAAUUCUUCUGAUUUGAGGUAGUUGUUUUGAGAUGGGAAACCAUGAGCUUAUUUUCAGCCUAAUAUCAACAGUACAGACCAACCCUUGAACAGCAACUAUAUUUGAAAAUUGUAGGGCACGCAUUCCAGCAUUUUCAGAGCAUGAGGGACCAUCAAAGUAGGGAAGGGGAUAAAGAGAGAGGACAUUAUAAAGAGCGUAAUAGACUUGAAUAGGAGGGCUCAGUGUCAUUCUGCCUCUGGAAGACAUUCACCUUUUCGUUCUCCACUUACAUACUGUUCUGUAGUAUGUGGACACAUAUUUUUAUGAAAUAUUAGUCUGACUGAACGUAUGAGUAUUUUUGUAUUAGACUGCUAUCAUUGUUAACCUGUGUCUCUUUCUUGGAGAGGUUCUUCAGCCUGAUAUUAUCUUCUACCUCCACCAUUAGCAUUGUAAUUAUUCAUAGUUUCAAAUAAAUUAGUUUUGAGUAAG